GGCAGUCAAAGCCACACGGGUUGGACUCGCACGCGCUGUCACUUCCAUACACGCCGUUUCCAGGACAAUCACCGCUCGGUGUGUGUGUGUGGUGGGUUCUUCAGGAACAACACCGCGCUUCAUCAUGGCUUUAAGGUGAUCUUCAGUCCAGGUGGUGCUGGGGUCCAGGUCUGCAUCGUGAGAGAGAGCGUGAGUGCAAGCUCUUCCACAGCCUUGGGCCCUGGUGCCCCGGGUUUUAAGGUAAAGUAGCAGUACCCUUUGGAGUGGAGGUGAAACCAGAGCGCAGGAUGGAGAAGGAGGAGCUGAAGAUUGUUAAUAAAGGGAUGGAGGAUGAAAUGGAGCUAACCGGGUACAGGCUGUGCCGCUGGAAGCUGGCCUUGGUGGCUUUGGGCGCGCUGUGUUCAGGUGGCUUCCUGCUGCUGCUGCUUUACUGGUUGCCCGAGUGGUGCGCCAAGGCCACGUGCACCCGCACGACCGUCCGCGACGCCCAGGUGGUUCUGCUCCGGAGCACUGACGAGUUCAGGCGCUGGUUCAUGGCUAAGGUGCGCGUGAUGCUAACCCCUGGGAAUGGCCCUUACUGCAGCCUGGACUCGCAGAGCACCACCCACAUGGCCAACGGCCACACCCCCAACCCCUCCGACACCCCACCCGAAGGCUUUAUCAGGAAAUAUGCCGAGCACCAGCCUGUACAGAUCCGCUAUUUUACACUCCACAGCACAAAGUACUACUGGCAGGACGCUGUACAAAACUAUGAAGUGUUCACGGGUCUUGAGGAUCUAAAGCCCAGCUGUUCCAGCAUCCACUCGGAGCACUGCGGCGGCCUCAGCCAAAACGAACAGAAGUACAGGAGACUCUUUUUUGGAGAUAAUGAAAUUGCUGUGAAAGUGCCUUCCCUUUUCAAGCUGCUAAUCAAGGAGGUUCUCAACCCCUUUUACAUCUUCCAGCUCUUCAGUGUUAUCCUGUGGUGUGCUGACGAAUACUACUACUACGCUAUGGCUAUAAUGUUAAUGUCAAUCAUUUCAAUCGCUACCUCUCUCUACACCAUCAAAAAGCAAUACAUCACGUUGCACGACAUGGUGGCUGCUCACAGUAUUGUUCGUGUAUCAGUCUGCAGGGCAAACAACGAGAUCGAAGAAGCCAUGUCUACAGACCUGGUCCCAGGUGACGUCAUGGUCAUCCCCAGUAAUGGGACCAUAAUGCCCUGUGACGCCGUGCUGAUUAGCGGAACCUGCAUCGUCAACGAGAGCAUGCUCACAGGUGAAAGUGUGCCAGUCACAAAGACUAACCUGCCCAACCCACAACAGGGAGACAGGGGUGCUGAUGGGGACAAGGAGUACAAUUUGGAUGAGCACAAGAGACACACGCUGUUUUGCGGCACGAAUGUCAUCCAGACCCGCUUUUAUUCAGGAGAGCUGGUUAAGGCUGUGGUGGUCCGGACCGGGUUCAGUACAGCAAAAGGACAGCUGAUCCGGUCCAUCCUGUACCCGAAACCCACUGACUUUAAGCUGUACCGGGAUGCCUACCUCUUCCUGCUUUGUCUGGUUGGCGUGGCUGGCAUUGGCUUUAUCUACUCCAUCGUGCUCAGCGUGAUGAAUAAUGUUCCUGCUAAAACCAUCAUCAUCGAGUCGCUGGACAUCAUCACCAUCACGGUGCCACCCGCUCUACCCGCGGCGAUGACGGCGGGUAUCGUGUACGCACAGCGGCGUCUUAAAAACCUGGGCAUCUUCUGCAUUAGCCCGCAGAGGAUCAACAUCUGUGGUCAGCUCAACCUCAUCUGCUUCGACAAGACAGGAACGCUCACAGAGGACGGUUUAGAUCUCUGGGGCGUGCAGAGAGUAGAGGACGGCAGGUUCCACCACUCUGAGGAGAACGCCUAUAAAGAGAGUCUGGUGAAGUCUCACUUCGUGGCCUGCAUGGCCUCGUGUCACUCCCUCACCAAGAUCGAAGGAAAGCUCUCUGGAGACCCUCUGGAUCUGAAGAUGUUUGAGGCCACCGGCUGGAUCCUAGAGGAGGCCACCGAAGAGGAGACCGCUCUCCACGAGCGCAUCAUGCCCACUGUGGUCCGCCCACCCAAGCAGCUCCUACCUGAACCCGCGGUGUCACAGGAGCAGGACAUGGAGCUGUACGAGUUGUCGGCGUCUUAUGAGAUCGGAAUCGUGCGCCAGUUCCCGUUCUCGUCGGCGCUGCAGAGGAUGAGCGUGGUGGCGCGGAGACUCGGUGAAAAGCGGAUGGACGCCUACGUCAAAGGGGCGCCCGAGGUGGUGGCGAGUCUGUGCAAGAAAGAGACGGUACCGCAGGAUUUUUCCGAGGUUCUGGAAGGCUACACUAAACAGGGUUUCCGUGUCAUCGCUCUGGCACACAGGCGUCUGGAGUCUAAACUGACCUGGCAUAAAGUACAGAACAUUAACAGGAGUCACAUCGAGACCAACGUAGAGUUCCUGGGGCUGAUCGUCAUGCAGAACAAGCUGAAGCCCGAGACACCGGGAGUCCUGGACGUCCUCAGACAGGCGAACAUUCGCACGGUUAUGGUCACGGGUGACAACAUACUGACGGCUAUCUCAGUGGCGCGGGACUGCGGCAUGAUCCCACCCCAGGACCGAGUCAUUAUCGCGGACGCACUGCCCCCUAGAGACGGCCAGGUGGCCAGGAUCAACUGGCGCUAUGCGGACAACCCCAACAAACACUCCAGCAAGGCUGUUUCACUGGAGGAGGUGGAGAUCGGUGUUGAAGACGGACCGGAAGUCCAGAAUUCUUUGCAGAAGUACCACUUUGCCAUGAGCGGCAAAUCGUUUGCCGUCAUCACCGAACACUUCCAGGACCUCCUCCAGAAGCUGGUCCUACACGGAACGGUUUUUGCAAGAAUGUCUCCAGACCAGAAAACACAACUAGUGGAGUGUCUACAGAGCGUCGAUUACUAUGUUGGAAUGUGUGGAGAUGGUGCCAAUGACUGUGGGGCCCUGAAAAGAGCUCAUGGUGGAAUCUCCCUCUCUGAGCUGGAGGCCUCGGUGGCAUCUCCUUUCACUUCCAGAACUCCCAACAUCUCCUGUGUGCCCAACCUCAUCAGGGAAGGCAGAGCAGCUCUCAUUACAUCCUUCUGCGUGUUUAAGUUCAUGGCUCUGUACAGCAUCAUCCAGUACAUCAGUGUCACUCUGCUCUACUAUAUCCUCAGCAACCUGGGGGAUUUCCAGUUCCUGUUCAUCGACAUUGCCAUCAUCCUGGUUGUUGUAUUCACCAUGAGUCUGAAUCCGGCAUGGAAUGUGCUCGUACCUCGGCGACCCCCCUCAGGACUGAUCUCAGGGCCUCUGCUUUUCUCCGUACUCACUCAAAUCUUGAUCUGCCUGGGCUUCCAGGCCUUCACCUUCCAUCUGGUGCGGAGCCAAGACUGGUUCGAGAGAUGGACUAGCGAGUCAGAUGCCUGCAAUACAUCCGUCCACAGCAACCCCUCUGAGAACGCCACGGAAGAAGAUGACCACAACAUUCAAAACUACGAGAACACAUCACUGUUCUACGUUUCUUGCUUUCAGUACCUCAUUGUUGCCAUCGUUUUUUCCAAAGGCAAACCAUUCCGCCAGCCCAGUUAUAAAAACUGGCCGUUUAUGGUGUCUGUCCUCACGCUCUAUGUGUUCCUGUCCGUCAUCCUGUUCGUCCGAGUCUCCGAUAUCGAUUCCGCUUUAGAGAUCGUGUGUGUUCCUAUGAGCUGGCGCAUCACUAUUUUAAUUAUAGUGCUGGCUAACGCUGCUGUCUCCUUUUUCAUGGAGACCUUCGUCCUUGACGUCGUCUUAUGGAAGCUCGUGUUCAGCCGAGACAAGCAGGGCAGCUACGGUGUCCCCGCUGCCGCCCCGCCACCACAGGAAGGCAUAGACUUGGGGUCGUCGAAGCUCUCCCCAAGGCUGUGCUGCCGCCGCACGAGGCUCCCCGAAGCACGCUACAUGCACCUGGCCCAGGAGCUCCGCGUCGACCCGGAGUGGCCGCCCAAACCCAAAACCACCACCGAAGCCAAACCUCCGCCUCAGUCAGAAAACGGCUCUUACCAAAUUAUGGCUGCUUCCUAGCAUCCCGCCCCCACUAUCGCAAACUCCUCCCUCUUCUUAUGGCAGAUCAUAACAGGACCAGCAUUAAAGAGAGAAAGAAAGAAAAGCCUUGUCACUCAGACAUUUAUUAGACUGUAUUUUCUCUCCCAUUAUUAUUAUUAUUUUUUUAUUACUAAUAUUAUUAUUAUUCAGAUUUUUUUGCUGUUGCUGUAUCAUUUUCUACACCACAGGCUGGGAACUGUGGGCCGCUUCCCCACUCGUGACCCAUCACCUUCACCAGGACCACACUGUAUUGUACAACAAUAAUUCUUUCUACUGUUUGUACUCGGACUUAAUUCGAGCAGCGUUUGCUCCGGAGUCCCGACUGAACUUUUACACGGACCUCGGGUCGAAACGGGUCUCAGACAUCAGCAAACCUGCAUGUAGAGCCAACUGAAACUGUUAAACUGCAGCAACAGUAUUCGCAAAAAACUGGACAUUUUGUUGACCUGUUAAUGAAAUGAAAUAAUUAGUCGGGGUAUUUCUUCCCGUGGAAGAAUAAAGUCGUAAUUACAUGGAGGCGGGCCAAAGGAGCGUUGCGCGUAAACAUUUCGGGGUGUGAUCGAACGAGGGAUGCCAGGUAUGAGCGCAAGUCAUGGUUUUUUGUUUGUUUGUUUGUUUUUUUCAAUG